GUGUCAAAGAAGCCCAAUAUGAACACUGCCUCCUCUACCAACAUGCGGAUCAAGUUGCCUGCGGCGGCUGUCUUUUUGGAAAUUGUCAUUGUGGUUUUAUUCGGGGUGUUUGUCAGAUACACUCCGGAGGAAACGAGCCGGGUGGCUGAUCAGCACUUAUACCCAUUCUUCCAGGAUGUUCACGUGAUGAUAUUCAUCGGCUUUGGGUUCUUGAUGACCUUCCUGAAGAAAUAUGGCUUCAGCAGUGUUGGUAUCAACAUGCUCAUCGCGGCCUUGGGUCUCCAGUGGGGCGCCCUAAUGCAGGGAUUUUGGCAUAUGAGAGCAAACACAAUCCAUCUUGGCAUUAAAAGUAUUAUCAAUGCAGACUUCAGCACGGCAACAGUCCUGAUUUCUUUCGGGGCUGUCUUGGGGAAAACGAGCCCUCUCCAGAUGCUGAUCAUGACCAUUUUCGAAAUCACCAUCUUUUCGUGCAACGAACACCUCGUCGUGGACGUAUUCGGGGCAGCUGACACGGGAGCGUCCAUGACCAUCCAUGCUUUCGGGGCCUACUUUGGCCUGGCUGCAUCCCGACUCUUGUACCGCCCAGGUCUGAAGGACGGGCAUGAAAACGAAGGUUCCAGCUACUACUCAGACAUAUUUGCUAUGAUUGGUACCCUAUUUCUUUGGCUUUUCUGGCCCAGUUUUAAUUCGGCAAUCGCAGCACCAGGAACCCAGCAAACAGCAAUCAUCAACACAUACUUCGCUUUGGCGGCGUGCACACUCACCGCUUUUGCCCUCUCGAGCCUGCUCGAAAAGAGGGGCAAACUGGACAUGGUGCACAUUCAAAAUGCUACCUUAGCAGGAGGAGUCGCCGUGGGUUCUUGUGCGGAUCUAGAAAUCCAGCCCUAUGGGGCUAUGUUGAUCGGAAGCACUGCUGGAAUCAUCUCAGUCCUGGGAUUCAAAUACUUGACUCCAAUUGUUGCCUCGUUCCUGAGGAUUCAGGACACCUGCGGCGUCCACAACCUGCACGGUUUACCUGGAAUUCUGGGGGGAAUUGCAAGCAUCAUUGCUGCUGCUGUGCAGGUUAACACUCAAAUAUCGGCUGGAAUGCAGGCGGCAGCUCUUGGGUGUUCAAUCGGGAUUGCUUUGGUCGGAGGAGCAUUCACAGGACUGAUUCUGAGUUUGCCUUUCUUGGGACAGCCCUCUGACCAGAACUGUUACGACGACUCGGUGUAUUGGGAGAUCCCCGUAGAAGAGGAGGCGCAAAGAAACAGUCCUGAUCGCAAGGAAGAUCACAACAAAUUCAGUCUCGAUGCGUAGAAAGAAAGGACCUUUCCCCUUGUCUCCUUUGCUUCUGGUGCUUUCAUCGUUUUGUAGGGGGGAGAUGAAAUAAUCCUGACCCGACUUUUUCUACCUGUUUUUCUACCUAUAUGAUAACUUAGUGCAAAACCACUAAAAAAUAAA